AUGCAUGCGGAAGUCAAAAUAAACUAUGAGAGGUAUCAUCCUAGCUCUCAUAAAACGGACGCUGUCAACAGUCCAUUAACUCGAGCAAGAACGCACUGCUCGGACAACGACGGCUAUCAGAUCGAACUUAAAUACCUGUUCGAAUUAUUCUCUCGAAACGUUUAUCAGCGGGAAUUCGUUCGCCGAUGCAUGAGACAACACGAGUCGAGGAAGAAGGUCUUACACAGUGGCAAUCAAUCGGCCAAACCGUUCACUUGGCGAAGCCUUCCUUACAUCAAGAACGGGUCUGAAAUAGUUGACAGACACCUAAGGAAGCAUAACAUUCGGGCGGCACAUAAGCCAAUGACGACUUCACGCGGCCAACUGAAAGAAAUUAUCUACAAGAUCCCGUAUGGAAUGUCUGAUGACGUUUAUUGCAAUCAGACGGGAAAAUUGGCCUCUGUGCGAAUCCACAAAGAUCAGCUGGCAGUAAAAAGACGUGACCGCUUGUUUCAAGUUGCCAUGCACACCCUGGAUGCCGGACACAAAGCGUGGGACAAAACCCGUAUUGUCGGUGCUCGCCCUUUCAAGAAAAGCCGAGAUUUCCUGGAGGCCGUGCACUCGGGCAAGUUAUACAUCAGCAGGCACAUCGAGCUCGAUGGUGUAUACAAAAGUCUCAGGGAGAAAUGGGCGUGA